AUCCUCAAUGAAAAUCUUGAAAGCGGGACGAUGGUGCCAUAUAUAGAGACAGCACUCAAGGAAGGAUUUGGUGUGAUUAUUACCAAUGGGAACGAUAAUGUAGACUCUAACAAUAGACCUAUUCAGGGUAGCGAAUCCGCCCAGGAUCACUUUGUUUAUGUCUGGAACAACUUCAUCAAGAAGGCCAAGGCCGAGCACAUCGUGAUUAGAACGAGAAACUGGGUUUCGUCGAGAGAACCACUGGACACUCCAAUACGUUCGUACUAUGAAGGCGACACUUGUGAACUAGUAUCUGCAGGCACGACAGAAAGCGUCUGGACAUCACACUGUGCUAAAGAUUCGGUCUUUAGAUUUUUUAAGGAAAAACUGGAUAAAGAAGAGAAAGGAAAGGCUGUGCAGGAGGUGUUCCUUCCUGGGAAUUUGAAGCUUUUAAAAAUAGCAAUUCCGGUCGAUGCUGGUAAAAAGGACCCCCAAGGGUUUUUCUUCAUGAGCGAAUAUGCUCUUUCUUUUAAAAAGCUGAUUAUUCUUAUGCAUGGUGGUGGUGCAGUACGUGCUGGCCAGUGGUCAAGAAGUGUAAUCAUCAAUGAAAAUCAUGAAAGCGGGACGAUGGUGCCAUAUAUAGAGAAAGCACUCGAGGAAGGCUUUGGUGUAAUUAUUACCAAUGGAGCAGCAGUAAGGGGGACUCGCGAUUGAUGCCGUAUAUUUGCGGGUUUUACCCGGGAAAUUACGAACGCGGGUACAGCAGAUUUACGGAAAUUCCGCGGUGUGUCCCUUACUGCUGCUCUGUUGGGUACUGCAAACGAAGUAUAAGGUAUUCUGUUGGAUAUACGAUGCA